CCAACUUCGAAACUCGUCACACACGGGAAAAGCGGUUUCUUAAAGAAUCCAAUUCCGAGGGAAAAAAUUUCAGAGAGAUGGGGCUGCUUUCCAACAGAGUGCAAAGGGAGAGCCUGAAACCAGGGGAUCACAUAUACUCGUGGAGAACUGCUUAUAUUUAUGCUCAUCAUGGUAUCUAUGUUGGAGAUGACAAAGUCAUUCAUUUUACUAGACGUGGCCAAGAAGUAGGAACUGGGACUGUGCUGGAUGUCCUCUUGAUUAGCUCAGGUCCAGCCCGAUCUCAUCAGCCCUGCUCCACUUGCACUCCACCAGAAGAAGGGAGUGGGGUCAUGUCCUCAUGCCUGAACUGCUUCCUUUCUGGUGGUGUUCUGUACCGUUUUGAGUAUUCUGUCACCCCUGCUCUCUUUCUUGCUAAAGCACGUGGUGGAACAUGCACUCUUGCUGUCUCAGACCCAGAUGAUGUCGUGGUCCAUCGAGCAAAGUACCUGCUUGAAAAUGGCUUUGGCUGCUAUAAUGUGUUUAAGAACAACUGUGAGGACUUUGCUAUCUACUGCAAAACCGGGCUUCUUGUGGUGGAACAAGGAACAAUUGGUCAGAGUGGCCAAGCUGUUUCUAUUAUAGGGGGGCCUCUCGCGGCUGUUUUAUCUACACCACUGCGUCUUGUUACUACCAAUCUGUAUGGAAUGGCUGCUACCGCUGUUGCAGUCUACUGUGCUAGUAGAUAUGCUGCUGACAUUGGCAUGAGAAGGGAUGUUGUGAAGAUGUCUGCUGAGGAUAUGACGAGGAGGCUCGCAACAGGCUUACUUCAGGUGGUUGAACCCCAAAUUUCAGCUACUCCUGCCCGUGGAUCUCCCUUGCUUCUCACUCAAUGAUGUAAUGUAAUCUUUUUUCAUUUAUCUGGUUCAAUAACUUGUUGGGAUUAUGGUCCCAAUUUACGGAUUGUGUGCCUCUUGCCGUUUAAUUGUGAAACAAGGCAUUUGUUUCACUUGUCUCUUCUCGUUUGAAUGUAAACUGUUUUCACAUUUGUUUAACUAGUCUGAAUUGUCAUCCACUGUAAUUCUACAGUACUUUGAAAAUUUAAUUGGUUUGUGAACUAAA